AUGCAAAUACCUAAGCCAUUUCUUUAUCCAUUGGCUUACAGACGUGCGUUAUUGUAUAGUAAGGCGAACUUGUUUGCGAAAUUUCCUUUACCCGAGCAAAUUCAAAUCCAAGCGGUACAGAAACGUACGGCCCGUUUAGGAAAAAUAGAUCCCACUUCGUAUGCUGAACCGGAACUAAUUACUACUUUGCACAGCGUCUUGAAUUGGAAGGUCGAUUUUGAGAAAAAAUGCUUGAGAGGCUCGGUAAUGCAUCAUUUCAAAGCAUUUCAGAAGAAUAUAACAGCAAUUCUUUUAGAUGUUCGUAAUGUGAAAAUCUUGAAGGCCGAGCUUGUAGGUGAAAAAGCAAAUAUCCCAUUAAAGUUCGGGAUAAGCGAUCCCGCAGGUGAUAUGGGGGCUAAGCUUACCUUGGAAUUGCCGGAAGACACAGGAGAGAAUACAGGCGAUCUUUAUGUAAACAUUGAUUAUGAGACAUCGAGUAAUGCCACCGCCUUGCAAUGGUUAGGUCCGGAACAAACAUUGGGCAAAAAGCAUCCCUAUAUGUUCAGCCAAUGUUGGGCGAUACAUGCCCGCUCCAUUUUGCCGUGUCAAGACACGCCAGCCGUCAAAUUUACUUAUAGAGCCACUGUUGAGCAUCCGGAGGAACUUACGGCAUUGAUGAGUGCGACCGUCUUGAAGCGAGAAAAUUCCCGUACAACCUUUGUACAAGAUGUACCCAUUCCAGCUUAUCUUCUAGCUAUUGCUGUUGGAAAGCUAGUCUCCAAGCCGCUCGGUCGUCAAUCAAAAGUAUGGGCUGAAGAAGAUAUCAUCGAUGAGUGCGCUGAAGAGUUUUCGGAUACUCUUGACAUUCUUAAAGUAGCGACGGACAUAAGUGGACAUUUUGUAUGGAAGCAUUGCGAUCUUUUGGUAAUGCCUCCAUCUUUCCCGUUCGACGGCAUGGAGAAUCCUUGUUUAAUCUUCGUUACACCCACUUUAUUAGCCGGCGAUAAAUCGUUUGCCAAUGUAAUUGCCCAUGAAAUUGCUCAUAGCUGGGCUGGGAAUCUGGUAACUAAUAAAAAUUUCGAGCAUUUCUGGUUGAAUGAGGGUUUUGCAACAUUUUUGGAAAGUAAAAUUAUCGGACGUAUGCGAGGCAACAAGGAACGUGAUUUUCUUAUGUCACGUAAUCUAAGCGAAUUGAAAGAAUGUAUUGAAACGCAAUUAGCCGAUCGUCCAGAGUUAACUAAAUUAGUGGUUGACUUAUCCAAUUGCACUCCGGAUGAAGCUUAUUCAAGCGUACCGUAUAUUAAGGGAUCGAUAUUUUUGCGUUAUAUGGAAGAUCUUUUAGGUGGAUCCGAGAUAUUCGAGCGUUUCUUACGCCAAUAUUGGCAAAGAAAUGCCUACAAUUCGGUUGCAAGUGAUGAUUUUAAACAAGCUUUAUGCGAAUACUUUAGUAAAACCAAUAGAAAACAAAAAUUAUCAUUAAUUAAUUGGGAUUUAUGGUUAAAUGGGCAAGGUAUGCCACCAAUUAUACCUAGAUUAGACCAAAGUCUAGCUAGCGUUUCGAAACGGUUGGCUCUGUUUUGGGCCACUAAGGCGAUUGUCGAAUUGAAAAAUUCCCCUCAACUUAAGGAACAAUUAUCGAUACAUCAACUAAUUGAUAUGCUUAGUAGACUUGCUGAAAAUAAAGAGAUGAAGGGCUUGAACGAUCAAAAGAUCGAAUUACUGGAAACGACUUACAAUUUAAAAGAGACAAAGAAUGUUGAACUACGUUUUCAUUUAACGCGUCUUUACAUUAUGGCUAAAUCGAUGGGUCGCUUGGAUGAGAUAUUCAAUUUUCUUAAUUCAAAUUUUCGCUUAAAAUAUAUUCGUCCUCUUUAUCGGGAUUUGGUUAAUUGGCCGGCAGCCAAGCCGAAAGCAAUUGAAAAUUUUAAACGUGUCAAAGGUCAAAUGAUGGCCAUUUGUUCUCAUGCCAUUGAAAAGGAUUUAGGCUUCAAAUGA